GGCGCCCGCCGCUCCCGGGGCUCGGCGCGGGCCUGGGGAAUCGGGAGCCCGCUGCCGGGGUCGCAGUAUGGGGCGCUUUCGCGGGGGUCUGCGGUGCAUCAAGUAUCUGCUGCUCGGCUUCAACCUGCUGUUCUGGCUGGCCGGAUCAGCGGUCAUUGCAUUUGGACUAUGGUUCCGGUUCGGAGGAGCCAUAAAGGAACUGUCGUCAGAGGACACGUCCCCCGAGUAUUUCUAUGUAGGGCUCUACGUGUUGGUUGGAGCUGGGGCCCUGAUGAUGGCUGUGGGGUUCUUCGGGUGCUGUGGAGCCAUGCGUGAGUCACAGUGUGUGCUUGGAUCAUUUUUCACCUGUCUGCUGGUGAUAUUUGCUGCCGAAGUAACCACUGGAGUGUUUGCUUUUAUAGGCAAGGACGUAGCUGUACGACACGUGCAGACUGUGUACGAGGAGGCGUACAGCGAUUACCUUAAAGGCCGGGGGAGGGGCAAUGGCACCCUCAUCACCUUCCACUCGGCAUUUCAGUGCUGCGGGAAAGAAAGCUCUGAACAAGUCCAGCCCACCUGUCCAAAGGAGCUUCCAGGCCACAAGAAUUGCAUCGACAAAAUUGAAACCAUAAUCAGUGUUAAGCUGCAGCUCAUUGGAAUUGUUGGGAUUGGGAUUGCGGGUCUCACGAUCUUUGGCAUGAUAUUCAGCAUGGUGCUUUGCUGCGCAAUACGAAACUCACGAGAUGUGAUUUGAAGAUACUUCAUCAUGAAAAUGGCAGUCUAGAGUGUUCAUGCUAAAUGUCACAAGAGCUAUCUCAGCUCACUUUUAAUAUUCAGGAUUUUAGAAGCUAAAAUAAUUUGCUUUUAACUGUACAUUUGCACAUGUAUGUAUGUCUGACUCAUUACUGACUUGCCCCUUGAGUGAAUGUCACGUGUGGUCUGUGUGUUUCUGGUAUAUGCAUUGCAGUACUGAUAUUUGUUUCCUGGGAAUCCCUAGUUUGUGUGUGCAGACGGAAAACCUAUUGAAAUACCAGGAAAAAAGCGAUCAAGUUUUGAAAGACUUGUAAAACCUGGCUGUUCAGGGAAUGUGACAAUGGCCCAUUUCUCAGAUUUUAGCCAUUUAAGUUAGAUCCAUAAAGAGAAUGCAGGAUUUCUAGUUAAUGGAAGCAAUAAGCUAUUAGAAAUGAGGGGUCAAGAUUAACUGUGUCUGAGUUGAGUGUAAAGGUUUCUUGGCGUAUAUAUAUUCUCCCUAGAAUACAGUAAACCCACAGUUUUAGAACUAAACACAUCUGUAAAAGUAAAUAUAGCAUGGAAAAUCUAAUUUGAAAACACCGUACUUUCUUAGUAUUUAAAAGCAGAAAACCUCUCUCUGGAAAGGGACGUUACAUAGACAAGCACGUGCCCCAUAAAAGUGAGUGCUUUUAGGACUAAAAAUAGCAACUUUUAAGGGGGAAAAUGUUGUUAGACAAAGGCAUGUAGAUGUUGCUUUAACCCUCUCUUUCCUGCCUCUGCUUUGAGCUGCUGGAAGCCUCUCCUUUCCAGAAGGGCUUCCAUCUCCCGCUCCUCGUGCUUCUCCAGUUGCAGUGGCAGCAGACAGCAAGGGCGCUGCAGUGUGAGGUUGGGCGAACCCCACAGUGGCAGACAGCAAGAGCGCUGCAGUGUGAGGUUGGGUGAACCCCACAGUGGCAGAC